GUGAGAAAUUUCCUUUGUUUGUCUACUCACAAUCUUCUGUACUGUUUUCUCCAGGAAGCGAUCAUGGAAGAGAAGACUGGAUGAAUCAAAACAACUGAGUCCUAGAAACCUAGGUAAGCUGGUCAGACCUCCAGCUGGCCGCAAGGCGAAUCCAGGCCCUGGACUAGAGGUGCAGCCGCCGCCACAGACCCUGGGCUCUGCUGUGAAUGGGGUCACGCCCACCUUGGGAAGAUGGAGUUACAGGCUGUGGGCCAGCGCUCGUCCCCAGUGGCUCCCUGGGGGGGGAGCAGUGAUCACCCAGGCAGGGGUGCUGGCUCGCCCAGCCUCUCUGACAUCAGGCUCCAGAGGCACAGGGCCGCCUGGAUGAACCCUGACUGGGUGCAAAUGUGCCCCAGAGAGGGGACAGUGGGGAAGACCAGGAGCCACUGUGUGGCCAACGAGAUCCCGCCAGCAGGCCCUUCCCUGCAGUCCCUUGGGGGCUCCGGAACAGAGACCCCUUCACAGGACAGCACUCCGCCGCCCACCUGGCGCUCCUCUGGGCAGAGCCAGGACCUGGCUCGGAUGGUAUUCUCAGGAAGCUCCCCUGGGGCGUCUCCGUUUACCAGCUCUAAGGAAUUGGCCCGUUCUCCGGAUCCUGAAGCAGAGGGUGCUUUUGCCCUGCCUCCCCACCGAACAGGCUGCGCGGAGGAAGGUGCUGCUCCAGUCAACGGAAGAACCACUUCUUUGGCCUCCUUCUCACCAGAGGCAUGUGUGCUCCCUGUCGAUGCAGAAAAGGAAAAUGCCCACUUUUAUGUUGCAGAUAUGAUUCUAUCAGUAAUGGAGAAAGUGAAGUGGACUAUUCUGAGCCAACAGCAGGCAGAGGACUGGGGUGGAGAUGAAGCCAGUGCACUGCUUGGCAAAGAGCAGGCUGAUCCCCAGAUGACCUGUGCCAACAGAAACCAAGAAUCUGUGUCUUCCACCUCUUCAGAUAGUGGCUAUGAAGGUUAUGCUGUGUUAAAAGUCAGCCCAGUGGUUGGAACAUCUACCGACUGUGAUGCGGGGAAGGAGGUCUCUCCGUGUGACUUUGAUGAACUGGCCGUGUUAGACUGUGGGGAGUUUAACAACGGGAUGGGAACCUGUGCAUGUACCUACAGCCCCUCCAGGAGCGGCAUCUCUGAGGCAGACGCUAAUUCGGCUGAACUUCUGGCCAAAGAGUUAUAUCGAGUUUUCCGGAAGCACUGUCUCUCGUUAGAAGUGAAUUCUCAGCUGGUCAGUCCCCUGCAUGCCUCUGGCUCCACGGUUGUAAACGAAGACCACAUACGAAAGCAGUUGGAAUCCAGCGUGGAUGUGGUACAGGACAUCAAAUUUAAGUCGAGGAUCAGAGGGACUGCAGACUGGGCCCCUCCUCGAUUCCAGAUCAUAUUUCACAUCCACCCGCCACUCAAGAGAGAUCUCGUGGUUGCAGCCCAAAAUUUCUUCUGUGCUGGUUGUGGGACUCCAGUAGAACCUAAGUUUGUGAAGAGGCUCCGCUACUGCGAGUACCUGGGCAGGUACUUCUGUGACUGCUGCCACUCCUACGCGGAAGCCUGCAUCCCCGCCCGCAUCCUGGUGAGGUGGGACUUCCGGAAGUACUACGUCAGCAAUUUCUCCCAAAGACUGCUGGACAGCAUAUGGCACCAACCCCUUUUCCACGUGCUGACUACCGCUCAGGACCUCUAUGCGAAGGCCAAGGAACUGGACCGAGUGAGGGAACUGCAGGAGCAGCUUUUCCACAUCAAGAAGUUGUUACGGACAUGCAGGUUUGCCGGCAGUGCGUUACAAGAGUUUGAGCAGGUGCCCAGACACCUGACUGAUGAGCUCCACCUGUUUUCCCUGGACGACCUGGUCAGGGUCAAGAGAGGGCUGCUGGCGCCCCUACUGAAGGACCUUCUGAGAGUGUCCCUCAUGCAUGUGGCCGGCUGUGAGCUCUGCCAAGGAAGAGGCUUCAUUUGUGAAUUUUGCCGGAGCGCGGCUGUCAUCUUCCCCUUUCAAACCGAAACCUGUCGAAGAUGCUCAGGGUGCAGAGCGUGCUUUCACAAGCAGUGCUUCCAGUCCUCCGAGUGCCCGCGCUGUGUGAGGCUCCUGGCGAGGAGAAGGCGUGUGGAGAGCUUGCCUUCCGCAGCAACAUGAGGCCCUGGCGGCAUGGGAGGGACUGCUCGGCCCUCCUUCGGAUGGCUCCUGCUGCGUUCGCGACUAAUAACAUCGUCCUAGAUCCCGGCCUUACGCAUUUAGAAGAAGGAAAAGCUGGCCAAGAUUCUCUGUAUUGCAUGUAGUUGAUGCUUUCGAAGAAUGCAGAUUCUCUGUCAUCCAGUUUCGUUGUGUUUACAGAUGUUCAAUGGUUUUGCUGCUAAUUGUUGUUUUCAGAGUUUUUUGGACACUCUUCAAUUGUAUUUGAAAAACUGUAUUUAACUAAUGGUAGAGCCUAUUUUUGAUGAAUUGUAACUGCCAAGAUGAA